AUGGACCUUUUGGAAUACACAUGGUGGACACUAUGGAUAGGGAAUAAAAGGGAAAAAAUAAGUCAUUCAGAAUAUUAUCCGAAUGUUACGAGAGCUUUUGAAAACAAAAUGUCUCACUCGUGUACAGUCCGCCAGUCCGCGUGUGUUCCGAAAUAUAACUCGGAAUCUUCACUUGAGGUAUUUCAUGCUCGUGUCAUCAUGAAUUUGAUGGCAUAUUUACUAUACUAUACUCUAUUGGUGAGACAAGUAUAACCACAUGUAUAAUGAUGUUAUAAUGUGUAUGAAUAAUAACAACUUGAUUCUCAUUCUCGUUAAUACUCGUUAUGGCGUCGAUUCAUGACAUCACACGGACGGCACUUCAAGUUUCAUUUCGGAACACACGCCAAAUUUAGACGACAAUGACAUGUCAGACAGACAACAUUCAAAUUUUUUUAGUCUACAUUUAGUCUAGGACUUUUUAAAUUAUUGUUUGUUUGUAUAGUUUCAUACAAAUAAAAUAAUGUUGUAACCUGUGAAAUUAAUCCAACAUUAGCGAAAGUUUCAUGUUGGAAAAAUUAUAAAACUGAGAAAUCUUUCAGAUAAUAUAGUUGUUGUUGCUGCAUGCAGAGUCAAACACUUUAAAAUUUGUUGCUCUUGAUAUUAAAAUGAGUGAUAACGACCUUUCCAUUAUGGAUGUGGAUGAGGUUGCUCCAAAACCGUUAACGUCCAAAGCUGGCACUAGCGGCUCCAAGCCAUCUUCUAAUUUACCAUGGAUAGAAAAAUACCGGCCGAUAGUAUUCAGUGACAUCGUGGGCAACGAAGACACGGUCUCUAGGCUGGCUGUGUUUGCGCGCACCGGGAACGCUCCUAACAUAAUAAUCGCGGGUCCUCCGGGCGUCGGCAAGACCACCACCAUCCUGUGCCUGGCGCGCGCGCUGCUCGGCGCCGCCUUCCGCGACGCCGUGCUCGAGCUCAACGCGUCCAACGACCGCGGCAUCGAUGUCGUGCGCAACAAGAUCAAAAUGUUUGCACAACAAAAGGUGACGCUGCCGGCGGGGCGGCACAAGCUGGUGAUCCUGGACGAGGCGGACAGCAUGACGGAGGGCGCGCAGCAGGCGCUGCGCCGCACCAUGGAGCUGUACUCGCACACCACGCGCUUCGCGCUCGCCGCCAACAACUCCGAGAAGAUCAUCGAGCCCAUCCAGUCGCGCUGCGCCGUGCUGCGCUACUCGCGCCUCACCGACGCGCAGAUCCUGGCCAAGGUGCUGGAGGUGUGCGAGAAGGAGCAGCUGUCGUACACGGAGGAGGGCGUGAGCGCGGUGGUGUUCACGGCGCAGGGCGACCUGCGCGCCGCGCUCAACAACCUGCAGUCGACGGCGCAGGGCUUCGCGCACGUGAGCGCCGAGCACGUGUUCAAGGUGUGCGACGAGCCGCACCCCAUGCUGGUGCGCGGCAUGCUGGAGGCGUGCCUGCGCCAGGACAUCCACGCGGCGUACAAGGUGGUGGCCAAGCUGUGCAAGCUGGGCUACGCGGCCGAGGACAUCGUGAGCAACAUGUUCCGCGUGUGCAAGACGCUGGAGGCGGGCGAGGGCGCGCGGCUGGCGCUGGUGCGCGAGGUGGGGCUGACGCACCUGCGCGUGGCGGACGGGCUGGGCUCGCCGCUGCAGCUGGCGGGGCUGCUGGCGCGCUGCUGCCGCGCCGCCGCCGACGCCUAGUGCCUGUGCGCUUGCUAUUGUGAACAUAGACUGCAUUCUAAUUUCUAAGUGUACAAUCUAGAAAUAAGUAUUAUACAAAGUAGAAAUAAAAAACCUGCUUUACAGUAUAAAAA